GAAGAUAAAGAAAGAAAAAAAGAAAGAGAUAAAUCAAGUUCGAAAUCGAUUUUCUCUUCCAACAAACACGAUAACCCAUUAGACCUUUUCCCUUCCUAUUAUCAUCAUUGAUCAUCGUUUUUUACCAACGACUGUACAUGAAAAUUUGGUCUCUAUUAUCAUUCUCAUCAUCAUCAUCAUUAUCAUCACCUAAUUUUAUUGUAUCAAGUUGAUUGAAUGAAGAGAUGAUGAUUGGGUGGAGUGAGUUUCAUUUUCCUCCAUAGAGUUAACAUGGUGAGAAAAACCUUGAAUCAGAAUUGGAAAAGAAAAGAAAAUUUAAAAAUUGUAACAAUCAGUUAACCAUUUUAAUCCACGAGUUAAUCCUGUUAGUUUCAAUUUAGUGUCUAAAUUAAUUAACUGACCAACUGAUUACAACUUUAAUCAUUAAGUUGCAAUUUUAUGUGAAAACAAAGAGUUAAAUCAAAUACAAUUAAUCAAUUGAUUAUGUGAGUGUAUUUUUUUUUCUUGCUAACAAAUAAUCAAUAUUUAUUAGCGACCAACAAUCAACAUGGAAAGUGAAUUAAAUUGUUACAAAUAUAAUGUAACAAAUUACCAACAAUAAGUUGUAACCACAAAUUGUUUAACAGUUAUUAAAUUAUCGUUAUCAUUAAUCAUGGUACCAUCAUUAUCAUCAUCAUCGUCAAUUAACCGGAAUCAAUUGAUAAAAUUAAAGAAAUCGAUGCAACAAUUAGCAAAAUAGUAGAAAAUGUUGGUAAAAAUGUUGAUGAUGAUAUUUAAUCCUCGAGAAUCUAGUUUACCCAACAUCUUCCCAAUUACGUUGACAAUGUUAACCUUAAUUAGUCCGUCAAAUAUUAAUUGUCAAUUCGAUGAAGGUUAUUACACUUCUGAUUAUGCGAUUAAAUGUCCACCUGAACGGGAAAUAGCCCCAUGUAAAUGUAAUAAUUCAUCAGGUGAGAUGGAGUGUUAUGGGGUCAAGAUUAACGAUUGUAGUGUCCGUCAAGUUUUCAGUCAAUUAGCCAAUUAUUAUGUCAACACUGCUGAGCGACAUGUUAAAUCACUUAAAUUGUAUAAAACUGAAUUAACUCACAUGGCAGAGGACAUUUUGGGUGACAUGUCAUUGGAGGCAAUUGACCUUAAUGGCAAUCAGAACAUUUCACUGACCCGAAUCCAUAGGACAAGUUUGGUAAAGUCAAAGGAAACGUUGAAAAGUUUCAAAUUUUCCGGACUAUCGGAGGCCAGUUGGAUAACCAAAGAGGAAAAUGACGGAUCGAUAUUUGAAAUCGUUGAUAGUUUUAAUCAAUUGGCCAUUUUCUGGGUAACCGAUGCUUCAAUUCCCAAAAUUCAAAGGUCAGCAUUUGGUCGAGUUGAAUUGCCCCGAUUGACCUCCGUUCAAUUGGCUCGAGAUGAAAUUGAAGAUCUUGGUGAUUAUGCUUUCUACCGGUUACCCAAUCUAACCAGUCUUUCAAUACGAGAUAAUUUAAUCUCUCGAUUGACCAAUCAUACUUUUGCCUUUGAAAAAUCAUCCGAUGAACUGUUGACCCUUGACCUGCGAGGUAAUUUACUUCAAAUGCAAAAUAUUGACAAAGAUGCGUUCACCCGACUUCGUAGGCCAGUCCAUUUAAACCUCGAAUACAAUUUAAUUGAAUAUCUCGAUGAAGAUGUGUUCACACCAAUUUUAUCAAAUGUCCGAAGCACAAUAUCAGUUAAUAAGAAUCCAAUUAAGUGCGAUUGUCGGAUGCAAUGGUUAAAACGAGAUGACCACAAUUAUAUGGAUCGAGUUGAAGGGCUAGUUUGCCCCGAGGCUACUGAACUUUGGUACUUUACCGUUGAAGAUUUACUCAAUGAAUGUAAUGAAACUUAUCGACUUGAACAACUUGCAUUAUCUUCAUCCCAUUUAAUCAAACAAUCAACUAAAUUGUUAUCAAUCUUGAUCAUCUUAUUAAUUAUUCAUCCAAUUUUCACCUUAAAUUAAACAUCAUCAUACUUUUAAUCAUCGUUAUCAUCAUCAACUAAUCAAUCAAAUUAUUCUUGAUUUUGUUUUUCUUUUCUUCUUAUUCUUCCUCAUCAUCACCAUCAGCUAAUCCUAAUGUUUUAUCAUUUUAAUUGUGAUUAUCAAGUUCAUUUGAAUAAAUCUAAUUAAUCAUGA